GAGUCCUCCGCUGUCGCCGUCAAAGUGACGUCACCUCGCGCGCCGGAAACUAUCCCUCUGGGACCGAGAGCACCAUAGAGACGGGAGGAGCCGCCCGGAGUGACCCUAAAGAAGAACGAGAGACUCCCCCCGGAGUGACCCCUCUGUCGAGACACCCGGGAGUGGAAGGAAAGGAGGGGUGUGCCAGCCCUGUCACCAGCUUGCAGACACCCCGGAAGUGACUAGGGAGGACAAAAGCCCAGGAAGAGAGCGGAGAAGAAAGGAUCCCCCUUCGUUCGCUGCCCUAUAGAGGAAAGCCUGAAGACGGGGAGAGGCCGCUAACUGACAGCGCCCUGCUGAGGGGGGAAGCCUCUGUCUGCAUAUCUACAGGUCACCUGUGUACCAUAAAGCAGUGUUACACUAGUACUAGCAAACAUGCCAUUCCCCUUUGGGAAGUCCCACAAGUCUCCUGCAGACAUAGUGAAGAACCUAAAGGAAAGCAUAGCUGUAUUGGAGAAGCAGGACAUUUCGGACAAGAAAGCUGAGAAGGCAACUGAAGAAGUGUCAAAAAAUCUUGUGGCUAUGAAGGAGAUCCUGUAUGGCACAAAUGAGAAGGAACCUCAGACUGAAGCCGUGGCCCAGCUAGCUCAGGAACUGUACAACAGCGGACUUCUGGGAACCCUGGUGGCUGACUUGCAGCUUAUAGACUUUGAGGGCAAAAAGGAUGUGGCUCAAAUCUUCAACAACAUUUUACGAAGACAAAUUGGCACGCGAACCCCAACUGUGGAAUAUAUAUGCACCCAGCAGAAUAUUCUCUUUAUGUUAUUGAAAGGGUAUGAGUCUCCUGAAAUUGCUUUGAACUGUGGGAUCAUGCUGCGGGAAUGUAUUAGGCACGAACCACUUGCCAAAAUCAUUUUGGGCUCCGAGCAGUUUUAUGACUUUUUCCGAUAUGUGGAGAUGUCGACGUUUGAUAUCGCUUCAGAUGCCUUUGCAACAUUUAAGGACCUAUUGACUAGACAUAAGCUCCUGAGUGCUGAGUUCCUUGAGAAUCAUUACGACAAGUUCUUCAGUGAAUAUGAAAAGUUGUUGCACUCUGAAAACUAUGUGACAAAGAGACAGUCUUUGAAGCUCCUUGGUGAACUUCUGCUGGACCGACACAACUUCACAAUCAUGACAAAGUAUAUCAGUAAACCUGAAAACCUUAAGCUUAUGAUGAACCUGCUGCGUGACAAAAGCCGCAACAUUCAGUUUGAAGCUUUCCAUGUGUUUAAGGUAUUUGUAGCCAACCCGAACAAAACGCAGCCUGUCCUGGAUAUUCUCCUCAAGAACCAGAGCAAGCUUAUUGAAUUCCUCAGCAAGUUUCAGAAUGACCGCACUGAAGACGAGCAAUUUAACGACGAGAAAACCUACCUAGUGAAACAGAUCCGGGAUCUGAAAAGACCCACACAGCAAGAACCCUGAAGUGGGAAGGGGCGGGGAGGAGGGAGGAGCCCAAACCCAGAGCUUGCUGCGAGAGUAUUCAGCAUCCCGUGGACUUUGCGAGCAACGUCCUUACUUCUACCCCGAACAGUUUCACCUUAUUCCAUUGCAUUUGAAGUUUUAGUCCAAGUGUAACCCCUUUCCUGAAGGAAGAACCCAGGUGCUGCACUUAUCCUGCUGCAGCUCAGUGGUUAAGAUGAAUGCAUAACUACCUUUUUAUGUUCUUUCUUUCCCUCCCUUGCACAUUUAUAGAGCAGGAUGGAUUUUCUUUACCCCUAAUUCUCCAUGUUGCAUCAGCACGGGACUGAGACUUGCUCAUUAUCACAGUAUCUGGGCAGAAAAAAAAGUGCAUCAAAACAAAGGAGGCUGUAGAAUCUCAAGCGAGUGUAGAGCUAAUAGUCUGGGUUUUGGAUAAGAUGGUAUACGUGUACUUAAUAUUUUUCUCUUAUUAUUCCUUUUUUUUUUUUUUUAAUGCAAUGCAU